AUGAAAUAUAUUUUCAUUCUUUUUUUAUUAUUUUCAAUUGAUCAAUGUUCAUCUACUACUACUACGAAUGAAUUUAUUAUUCUUAUAAUAAGUGAACCUCAUAUCUAUAUUCUAAGUCAAGCUCAUAAUGCAUCAACAUUUAUUCCAGCUCAUAUCCCACUUCUUUAUACACAUUCAUAUGCAUCAUCAAUACCAAAUUGGUAUUCAAUAUAUCCAAUAUUUUCAUCAAUUAUUGAUCAAUAUUCUCAAUUAAAAUGGUUAUUUAUAUGUGAACCUCAAACACGUUUUAAUCUAACUAAAUUAAUUGAAUUUAGUCAAAAAACAAAAGAUUUAUAUAUCGGUCAUGGUUUAUAUGAUACUGAACCGAGUAUAAUUCAUCAUUAUUCAUUUUCAUUCGAUAAUCCCUAUCCAGAUUUUUCAUCGGGUACUUUAAUAUCACGCAAUGUUUUGUCGUUAUUUAUUGAUCGUUUUCAAUCCUAUACAAAACCAAUUGAUUUUAUUAUUGAUAUCAAAUAUGAAUUAAAUCAAUUAAUAAAUGAAUUAACUAAUACAAAACUAACUGAUAAAUCGAAACUUUUUUGUAAUGAAUAUAAAAAGAAUUGUUUAACAUGGUACGAGGGACAAUAUGAUUAUUUAUGUGAAAGAAAAGAUAUUCAAUUAGAUGAUUUAUAUUUUGGAAUAAAAACUUAUGUCAAAUAUCAUAAAACUCGUAUUGAUCUAUUGAAAAAAACUUGGUUAAAUAAUAAACUUCAUUAUAAUUUAUUUACAAAUGAAAUCAAUGAAACAGCUGAUAAUAAAAAUGAACGAUUUAUAAUAACAAAAGAAAAUACGGAUCGUGGUCAUUGUCAUAAAACAUUUACAAUACUAAAUUAUUUUCAUAAAAAUAAAGAAAAUUUUCAAUUUUUAAUUAUUGCUGAUGAUGAUACACUUUUAUCUGUAAAAAGACUUCUUGAACUUAUUCGAUGUUUCAUGCUUUCAAAUGAUAUACCCAUGGUACUUGGUGAACGAUAUGGUUAUGGAAAUUAUUAUGAUUAUCCAACUGGUGGUUCAGGUAUGAUAUUUAAUCGACAAGCUGUACAACAAAUUUUAUCGAACUGUGAAUGUCCAACACCUGAUACACCGGAUGAUAUGUUUUUAGGUUUAUGUUUAAAACGUUUGAAUAUACAAUUAACACAUAUAAGAGAAUUACAUCAAGCUCAACCAAAUGCUUAUUCAAAAGAGUGGCUUCAACAUCAAAAACCUAUUAGUUUUCAUAAAUUUGAAGAUAUAAAUGUUGAAGAAAUUUAUCAAACUUAUUUAUAUGAAAAAUUCUCACAAUCUCAUCAUGAAAAGGAUGAAUUUUAA